AUGGCGGCCUGCACCAAGACCCUCGGUACCUACGAGCUCCUCGAAGCCGUUCUCCUGCACCUGGAGCCUCUUACCCUCCUAAAGACCAAACGAGUAUGCUCAACAUGGCUCAAGCUCAUCGAAAACUCGUCUGCCAUCACAAAAGUCGCAGUGGCGCAACCAUGGACUCACCCUGAAGGCCAUCAGAGCAUCUACUACACCGAGCAGCACCUCAAGUUCCACCCACUCCUUGCAGCAUCAUUCACACCCUGGGCCUACAACGAAUACUCCUCCGGAUUCCGGCGUACGUGGGAGCUGAACAUGCUCUCGGUCUUAGUCGUCACACCGCCAUGCACAACAAUGCACUUGACUUUCUGGCCGUCCGAGUCUUCCGGUCCCCUUGUCAGUGCCUUGAGCGCGAAAGGCUGCAAGGUUCAUAAUGAGAAAGGCGUGCGAUUCCAGGAUGUGCAUGACGUGUUGCGGGACAUAACGCACGAGCGCGGCCAUGUGGACUCGAUGCUUGCGAUCAGGUUUAUGGAUCCGAAUGACGAGGGCGGAUGGCAAUUACCUCGAUAUGUACGGAUUCUUCGAAGUGUGGGAUGA